UCUGAGCCUGAGUUUUGCUCUGCUCAGGCAGUCAGAGGCGAGAGCUCUGCUUGUCCGCUGCUAGCCACUGGAGCUCAGCACGCUGCUAAGGAACUGCUACGCCGCACUGCGUUGAUACGCUACACUGCGCUACACUAAACAUGGCCGACCCCCUGUCCCCUGACCACUUCAGCUGCCCGCUCUGCGUGGGCAUUCUCAAGGACCCCGUGGCUAUUCCCUGUGGACACAGCUUCUGCAUGGACUGCAUCAGCAACUACUGGGACGAGGCCGACUACACGGGCAUCUAUGUCUGUCCCCAGUGCCGCAUCACCUUCACACAGAGGCCCGUGCUGCGGCCCAACACCAUGCUCACCAAGGUGGCCGAAAGGCUGAAAAAGGGGUCUAGCCCCCCCACGGAGGUCAACAGCUACGCGGGCCCCGGGGAUGUGCCCUGCGACUUCUGCAUCGGCAAGAAGUUCAAAGCGGUGAAGUCAUGCCUGAAUUGCCUGGCGUCGUACUGUGAGAAGCACCUGAAGCCGCAUUACGAGUCGACCACCUUCAAGCGGCACAAGCUGGUGGACGAGCUGGGCAACCUGGACCGCAAGAUCUGCCCGCAGCACCAGAAGAGCCUGGAACUAUUCUGCCGGACCGACCAGAUGUGCAUCUGCGCCCUCUGCACCGUCAGCGAGCACAGGGGUCACGACAUCGUCUCGGCCGAGGCGGAGAGGAGCGAGAAGCAGAAACUCCUGGGUGCGUCCCAGGCGGAGAUCCGGCAGAAAUGCCAGGGGAGGAUGAAGGAGCUGGAGGAGCUGCGUACUGCUGUGGACUCGCUGAAGAGUUCAGCCGAGAGAGCCAUGGCAGAGAGCGAGAAGAUGUUCCGGGAGAUGAUCAGCUCCAUCGAGAGGAUGCGCUCCGAAGUCACCAAGCUGAUUGGCAUCAACGAGAAGGCCGCUUUCAACCAGGCGGACGGGCUCGUGGAGAGGCUGGAGCAGGAGAUCGAGGAGCUGAAGAAGAAAGAGCUGGGAUUGAAGCAGCUGUACAGCACUGAGGACCACAUACAUUUCCUACAGAACUUCAACUAUCUUUGCACCCCGACCGACGAUGGGGUCAUACCCAAGGUGACUGUCAAUCCAGACUUCUCCUUCAGCAUGGCGCGGAAAGCAGUGGCCGAAAUCAAAGAGCGCUUGGAGGAACUGGGCCGAGAAGAGCUGCUGAAGAUCUCCAGAUCAGUAAACGAGAUUCCAGUUUACACCAUGGAAAACCGGAGCAAGGAGAGACCCAUUAAAGUAGCUAGUCAAGUAACAGUGGACAGUGCACCGCCUCCAGAGCCCCGAAACAGGUCUGACUUUUUAAAAUAUUUCUGCCAGCUCCGGCUGGACCCCAACACGGCCUACAAAGAGCUCUACCUGACUGAGAGCAACAGGAAGGUCAUCCGGACGCGAGACCUGCAGCCGUACCCAGAGAGCUCCGAGAGGUUCGACAGCUUUGCACAGGUUCUCUGCAGGGAGGCGCUGUCUGGAAGCCGCUUCUACUGGGAGGUGGAGUGGAACGGAGAGUUCUCCAUGGGGGUCACUUAUAAGGGCAUCAGCCGCAAAGGGAAGGGCUCCCUCUGUCUGCUGGGCUAUAACAAAAAGUCUUGGAGCUUACUCUGCUCCGACUCAGGCUAUUCCGCCUGGCACAACAGGGUGGACAAGACCAUCAGCGCCCCGCACUCUCCCAGGAUUGGGAUCUACCUGGACCAUGCCGCUGGCAUUCUCUCCUUCUUCAGCAUCGGCGAGACCAUGACCCUCUUACACAGGUUCGAGACCACAUUUACAGAGCCCGUCUACCCUGGGUUUGGAGUGGGAACCUCUGUCAAAAUAUGUCAGCUCAAAUGAUGGAAAUCCAUGCAGAAACAGCUUUAAAAAGUAAAUCCCUUGUCCCUUCUCACCUUAUUCUGGUGCUUUUUUUUAUAGUUCGUCUCUUCCCGUUUAUCUGUCAGAAUCCUUCAGUAAAACAGUUUAAAUUGAGUCUUGUAUGUUUUUUUUAAAUAAUAAAUUGUUUAAGAGCCUGAAAAUGUGCUGGAAACUUUUAUACAAGCUUGUUUAAAACAUUCAUCAGUAUUCUUACUUGGAGUUCAUGGUUUUUAUGGAGUUUUUAUGUCUUUACUGUAUCCUUCAGUAUAUGAACUCGGUAAACAACAGGUUAAAUCUACAUAGCCAAAGAAUCAAUUGUAUAAUUCUAAUUCAAAAUGUAUUUAAAACAAACAGUUGGUGUACUGGUAAAUCAGCAAUUGUUUUUGCCGUUUUCCUAUAUUGUCUCAUAAUCAUCUCAUAGCAAGGCUUAUAUACCAAUUUUAGUUAUGGAAAAAGUAUGUGUUUACUAAGUUACCUUUUCAUGAUAUCUACUGGAUUGGUGUUUGCAUUUUGUGUGUGUAUGUGUUUUUUUUUUCUCAAAAUAAAAGGAACCCGCCUCUUCA